UUUGUACAGAACCUCUCACUGCAUGCGUCAAGAUUAUACGUUCUAAUCAUGCUUUCAUAUCGUAAUCGUAUUCUGAAACAUGCGGACAUCUACCUGCGCCACCCCCUUGGCCUGCGGGACGAAUCACUUGCGAAAGACGGAGGUGGGGUCCAAGAACUUCUGUAGACUCAAAUGACGCCCUAUGCUCUGGCACUCGACUCUCUACCACUCAUUGUGAGCUUUGGCCUUUCCGUGACACAUGAUUUGAGUCAAAUCAUUGUUCUCUGUAUUCGAGGGUUGUUCUAGCGAAAGUAGGAUGCUAACUCCAAUGUUUCCAAUAUAGCACAUAGGACAGCGAUGAAGCAAACACACACAGAUCUACCAGCUGUUGACGAAGGAUACCGCUAGUGCUCUGCAGUAAAGUGGAGUGAAGCUAUGCGUCUUUAAGGGCGCUAUGUCACCUACAACUGUGACACGUCGGGAUGCGACAGUUCAAGAAAACAGGUUACUUAGAAGAAAUGAAUAUGCGAGUAAGCUGCUGUUCGGGACUGAUAACUAACUUCCGAGCUGCAUAUACCGGUGAAAGGGUAGAUCACGGUGAUUUUGGGAAUUGCAUUCAUAAUUUACAUAGUGGUGGGUGUGGCUGUGAUCAUGUACUUAUAUUGAGGCAAUGUAGCUAGCUUCGCCACCUCGGACCAUGCAUGUGAAGACACAGUAUCGCAUCCCUCGCUCUGUAUUCAUCGCAAGACACAUACAGUAAGUUUCGGACAUUCUUUUGUGUCGCGAGCUCACCUUGCUUUUUCCAAUUGAACGAUUGGCAUCUUUUACUUCGUUCCUAUGAGUUCCAUACACCCUGAAGACUCUGAAGCCAAAGGGGGGACAACGAGCAAUGAACGAAUGAAAUGUGAAGUC